AUGUCUACUCCGCUCACUAACUCAACAAGUACCAACUCUUCUUUGCUUCAACCUCGAAAGCAGGGCAGCAAGCCCCCUGGUGGUUUCAAGCGCAAACGGACAGGAUGUAUGACCUGCCGGUACCGUAAGAUCAAAUGCGACGAGCGCAAACCCGGAUGUCUUAACUGCGAGAAGGCAAAUCGUGACUGCAAUUGGGUGGGUGGCGAUGUCUGGAAACACGACCAAAACCCAUCGGUAGGCGACAAAAAGUCAACGAAGUUCUACAGGGGAAGUGCGUCCGCGUGGGCAGAGGAAGAUGAGCAGCGAUUGACAACAGGAGGCAUUCCGCAUCGGGAGUGGCAAUUUGUCAACAUGACGAGCGCCGUCGCUACGCAACCUGCGUUUCAAUAUCCGCCUCUCAGCUCAUCAUCAGUGAACGACCCAAGGUCGCAGUACCAACAAAUGGACACAGGAGAUCCCCACAACCUGCAAGCUCUUGCCUCGGCCGCAACCUACCAGAAUUCGCAGAUACCUUUGCCUACUACCACAUACGCGGACAGUGCCAGUCGUGGAAACGUCGUUCAGCCAGCGUCCUCUAGUACCGACAAUGCGAUUGACCCUAACCUUGAUCGCGGAGAACCACCGGGCCACACAAUGUUGGAAGGUGUCACUGAACAUGCUGCCGCCCACACGGAACAGGAAGCUGAAAUGGCGGCGCUUGCUCAGGCAUUGAGGUCGGUGGAGGAUAAGGAGUGA